GGGACAAUAUUAAUAUUUUCAUCUCUGGCAUCACAUUCAUUAAAACGAUGGCUGUUCCUGAUGGUGUAGAUAGGGAUUCCAUGAUGAAGCAGGCUCAAAAUAUAUGGACAAUGUUAGAUGAAAUGGCAGAAAAUAAUCCACAGGCUUACAGAAACUUUAUUGACAAACAUAUGACAGAAGGGAAGGAGUACAUGAAACCAGCAGAGCCCCAUAUGUGUGUCAUGACAAUGGUCACAAGUACAAAGAGAAGAUAUUUCAUUAAUUUUUGUUCUUGGAAUAAAAUCCCAGAGCCAAAGACUCCUGAGGAUGCUAUACCUGUUACUGGAACUAAAGUCUUACAGGACAAGGACGAGAAUGGAGACUUUUCCUACUCUGGAGUUGCAUUUAAUCCAAAGAUUUUGGAGGAAUUCGGGAUGGACUGUAAAAAUUCAUCGGAUCGAACUGCUCUUAUAAACUUAGCCAUAGACUAUGUACACAAUCAACAUAAAAUCACUCUAUCAAGGAGUUUUUCAAUUUUACCAUCUACAACUAAAUUUAAGGGCAACAUCCUAAGUCUACAAAAAGCAUUCCAGAGUCAGAAACAGAAUGAAGAUGAUGAGUUUGAUGAACAGCUCUCAGAGCUGGAAAAAACUUUUGGAUUACAAGGUUGUGGUGCAAAAGACUCUCUAUUGAACAAAUUAGCAAAUUUAUCUACAGAGGACAAUGCAAAGAGUAAUAAUACUCCAAAUAUUCAGCUACCAGGACUAAGCAAAGAAAAGCCAACAAAACAGAAUCUUAUUCAGGAAAUGAAUUCAACCAAUCAGAAACCAGUAUCGGAGGUUAAAGUCCCAGAGUACAAUAUGGAGGAGAAAUUCAAAGAAAAAGACUUAGAGGAGCUGAUUCUAACCAUAAAAUUACCUGGAGUGAACAAAGUGUCAGAAUGUGAGCUUGAUAUUUCUGAGGAUGACAUUGACUUGACAGUGGAAGAUCUGUAUCAUCUGAAUGUUUCUUUUCCCUACCUCAUUGAUGAUUCUAAUGCAUCAGCGAAAUUUAACAAAAACAAUUCAUCACUGAUCAUAAGACUACCUGUGCAGACAUAGUGAGAAAGUUCAAGGAACAGGAAGUGCAGUGGAGACUAAAUACCAUUGUAUCAACUUUCAUUAUAUGUA